AUGUCUUCUGAGUUACAAGCCAUGGAAACACCAAAACCUAGUUACGACCAAGAAUGGGUCAUACAGAUAAGUCGAGCCCUAGAAGAAGACCUAGAAGACAACGAUGAAGAAGGCCUUCCCGUCAGCAUCUUCACCGUACCCAAAACCCUAAUCUCUCUCAAACCAGAUGCAUACAUUCCACAGCUAAUAGCCCUCGGCCCAUACCAUCACCAGCGCCUUGAACUCUUCGAGAUGGAGCACUACAAGCUCACUUCUGCUAAGAGAGUGCAAAAGAACAUCCAACCAAUCAAAUUCUGCCACUUGGUCAACCAUAUUGCGGAAAGUGAUAGCACUCUCCGCGCUUUCUACCACCGCUUCUUGGAGUUCGACCGGGAAACACUCGCAUGGAUAUUUGCCAUCGAUGCUUCCUUCUUGUUGGAGUAUCUGCAAACCUACUCUGCCAAAAUGGAAGGUUCGUUUAUGCGAAUCUCUUCUAAGAUGGCACAUGUGAUCGACUAUACAAGAAGGAAAACCACACACCAUGCGAUCCUCAGGGAUAUUAUCAUGCUGGAAAACCAAAUCCCUCUCUUUUUGCUCAGAGAAGUCCACAGUUUUUAUCAGCUGCAUGAAGAUCAUGACGAAGUAUUAGCCACAAUUCUGAUGGGAUUUUGCAAUGAUCUGUCACCCAUCAAGUAUAUUAAUUACCAACAUUUUAGAGAAGAAUGUUUCGAGAGAGCUCAUUUGCUAGAACUUCUUUACUACAUGGUUGCACCAAAACUGCAACUUGUACCUGAUUAUGAGCAGGAUGAGCCUAAAGAUGUCGAAGAGAUUUGCUGGUUUAGAAAGGCCUUGAAAUCAUUCUUGGCGUCAAUGUUUUACAUUAAUAUGGCGCUGCUCUGCCUUCUCAGUAAAAUAUACAAGUCAAAAGCAGUCACGCUUUUAGUUACACUGCCAUUUAAAAUCAUCUCGUAUCUUUUUCGUCAUAGAAACAAAGGUGAUAUAAACAAUCUCAUAUCAUUGGCAGGGAGCGUGGCCGAAGAGGUGGAAAGUGCAUCUCAUGGGAUGAAAGACGAACGUCCUUUGGCCGAAGAGAUUGCAAUCCCAAGUGUGACACAACUCCAUAAAAUUGGUGUCAAAUUUCGUCCAUCAAAGGGUGGCUUGGGAUCUAUCAAUUUCGACAAGUCUUGUGGUACAUUUUACCUUCCGGUUAUUCAUUUGGAUGAUAACUCGGAAGUUGUGAUGAGGAACCUCGUGGCCUAUGAGGCAUGUAUUGCACCGGAGGUGAUGGUUUUUACACGUUAUACGGAAUUGAUGAAUGGAAUAAUUGAUACGGAGGAGGAUGUAAGAAUUCUUCGGGAGGCAGGGAUCAUCUUAAACCGCCUAAAAAGCGAUAAAGAAGUGGCAACGCUUUGGAAUGGCAUGACGAAAUCUGUGAGGGUAACGAAAGUCCCAGUUCUUGACAAGGCCAUUGAAGGUGCAAAUACUUACUAUUCGAACAGUUGGAAGGCCAAAAUGAAUGUGAUCAUGAGCAAGUAUAUCUUUGGUUCAUGGCCAUGUCUCACAUUUUUAGCUGCUAAUCUUCUGAUAUUGAUGUCUACCCUCGAGACUGCUUGUUCUAUGUACAAUUGCCCCAAAAUUUUUAAGGCUAUAUGA